AUGAUAAAUUCAUAUUUCACAGGUGUCCAGGUGAAAGUAAAAGAUGUCAAACUGAAGAUGGUGUCCACGGGAACUCAGUGUGAGCUCAUCAAACCCCUCAUGGACCCUGAUGAGGCUAGUGAUGAGGAGAUGGAGUCAGAUGAGGAAUCCAUCGCUUCUGUAGAGUACAUGGAAUGUGAAAACACCUGCGUGAGAAGAAGCCAGGCAUCAAGCACUCGCUGGAUGUUUGGCAUGCAGCGAAAGAGCUACCUCGUCGUCCACUCGGAUAAGACGUCAUUUCCAGCUUCCGGGGUAAACGAAAAACAGCGGAACGGAGCAGUACUGCCUUGGAACGUCACGUGUGCAGCACAUGGACAGGAGAAGGAGCGACAACAUCAACUACUGGACGCUGUUUUCAAGGAGCCUCAAGUUGUGUUACACAGAACAGACCUCAACAAAGAAUAUCGUCCUCAUGAGCAGGAGGAGGAACCACAGUCCCCCAAAAUACACAAGGAAGAAGAGGUACCACAUUCCCAACACAUCAAAGAGGGAGGAGAGGAGGCACAGGCCCCCCACAUUAAAGAGGAAGACGAGACGCCACAGACCCAUAGUCUUAAACUGACCCUUCACAUUGAAGGGCAAGCGGAGGACCCACUGAUCUUACACAUCAAAAAGGAAGAGGAGGACCCACUGUCCCCUCACUUUAAGGAGCAAGAGAACUCGCUGACCCCUCACAUUAAAAAGGAAGAGGUGGAUUCACUGACCCUCUACUUUAAAGAGGAAGAGGAGGACCAAGAGCCACCGCACAUUAAAGAGGAAGAGGAGGAACACCGCAUCAGUCAACCUAAAUGGUUGGAGGAGUACAACACUCACUUCAAAUGUUCUCACUGUCACAAAACCUUUAAAUACAAUUGUCGUCUGAAAGAACACAUGAGAAUACACACUGGAGAAAAAACUUUUUCUUGCUCAGAAUGUGGUAAAGGUUUUACACAAAGUCAAUAUUUGAAAAGACACAUGAGAACACACACUGGUGAAAAACCUUUUUCCUGUUCAUUCUGUGGUAAAGGUUUUACAGAAAGUCAUUAUUUGAAAGUACACUUGAGAACACACACUGGUGAAAAACGUUUUAUCUGUUCAAUCUGUGGCAAAUGUUUUGCAAGAAGUUCAUGUUUGGAAAAACACAGAACAAUACACACUGGAGAGAAUUCUUUUAUCUGUUCAAUCUGUAGUAAACGUUUUGGACAAAGUAACCAUUUGAACGUGCACAUGAGAACACACACUGGUGAAAAACCUUUUUCCUGUUCAAUCUGUGGUAAAGGUUUUACAGAAAGUCAACAUUUGAAAAGACACAAGAGAACACACACUGGUGAAAAACCUUUUUCCUGUUCAAUCUGCAACAGAAGCUUUUGUGAUCGAUCAAACCUUGUAGCACAUAGAAAAACACACACAGGACAGAAAGUGUUGAGUUGCAGUGUGUGUGGUGAAAGAUUCUCUUAUAAGUACCAGUGUAAUAAACACAAGUGUGCUGGUGAGAACAGCAGCAGCAAAUGAAACUGCAGGAUUUGAAAUAAACUGUCAAGACUUUAAUUUUGACUUUCUAACAACAUCAGCACAUAUAACAUGUGUGACGUUGCUGUUGUGUAACAAUCUUUUUAAUAUGCUUCUACAUUUAUGGAUGAGAUAUUUUAUUAUAGUGCUUUUAUUCAGUCAAAUACAUGCAUUAAUAUGCGACAUUGUGUACUUUUGUUAAAAAGAAUAACAGAACAAUUUACCUGAAAAGGUCAGAGUAAACUGUACGAUACAUUUUUUACCUACAAUAAACAUUUAAUGUGUGUAUAUAUUCAUAAUACAAUUUCAGACUUAUUCAUAAUACUGUUUUUAUACGUGUUUGAAAUAUUGAAAUUUUACAUAAUGUUAUUUCUAAUUGUUAAUGAUUCCAUAGAUUAGCACCUUUAUAUGAUAUACAUAUUUACUGGUUCACAUCUGAAACAUCUUCUGGACCACUUCAGGAAAUAUAUUAUUAUUUACUUUAUACAUCAUUUGAACAGUUGUUUUUUAUACAAUUUUAAAAUGUGUAACUUUAUGAAUCAUUUGUUGGGUCUCUAUUCAUCCAUUUUAUUAAUUAUAUUUACCACUCUUUUGUAUUAUGAUGAUUAUGUUGUGAUUUUUUUAUAUGUAUGUCCCCAGACCUUUAUGCAAUAUAAACAUUAAAUGAAAUGUCUGAA